CUCAAGGACAGAACCGGUUCCAGCCGUCAGUCACUCAAGAAGUAUGUCAAGGCCAACAACACCAUCAACGCCGCCAGCGACACUAUGUUCGACUCUCUGUUCAACAAGGCCCUGAAGAGUGGUGUCGACAAGGGUGUCUUUGAGCAGCCCAAGGGUCCUUCUGGUGGCACCAAGCUAUCUAAGAAGUCCAAGCCUGCCGCUACCAAGCCGGCUGCCGCCAAGAAGGAAGGUGAGGAGAAGCUUGCCAAGAAGGCGGCUGCCCCGAAGAAGGAGGCUGCAACCAAGAAGGCGGCCGCACCAAAGCAGGCAGCUGCUCCCAAGAAGGAGGCUGCCGAGAAGAAGGCUGCCGAGAAGAAGGCUGCCGCCCCCAAGAAGGCUGCUGCCCCCAAGAAAGCUGCCGCUCCUAAGAAGACGGCCGCUAAGAAGGACGCUCCUGCUGUUGUUGACAAGCCCACCACCUUGACCAAGACCAAGUCGGGCAGAGUGGCGAAGACUUCGGCCAAGCCCGCCGCGGCAAAGAAGGCUGCUGCGCCUAAGAAGGCGGCUGCACCAAAGAAAGCUGCCGCGCCGAAGAAGGAGGCCAAGGCAGAGGCAGCAUCGUGA